AUGCUUCGUAAUCGUUAUGUUUCUUUUAAAUCUCGUAAAAAUUAUAUAAGACGUCAAUUAAAUGAGAGAGAUACUGGAAUAAGUAUCUAUAAUAAUUGUAGUAAAUUGACGCUUGAUAAUAAUAUGUUAAGGAUAGAAGAUCCUGAUAAUAUGUUGAACAAAGAAGGUUCUAAUUACGAUGUAUUAGUUAAAGAUAAUUCCGAUGAUGACAUGCUAUAUGAAGAUGAUAUGUUAAGCGAAGACGACAUUCUGAGUGAAGAUAGAAAUGACAUUCUAAGCAAAGAUGAAGACAUGUCAAGUGAAGAUAAAGACAUAUCAAGCAAAGAUGAAGACAUGUCAAGCGAAGAUGAAGACAUGUCAAGUAAAGACGAAGACAACAUGCUAAUUGGAGAUAUGUCAAACGAUGUAUUGAGCAAAGAUGAUUCUGAUAGAGAAAUUGUUGAUGAACCUUUGAAUAAUGAAAAAAUGCUAUUUAUUGAUGAAGAAUUC